UAACUGAGAAGCACAGUAUAGCUGUUCCAAAAUUUAACGUUUCCUACGUUCUGGCUAUUGUUAUAUAUUAAGGAUCUUAACAACUGAACUACUUUACGAGCAAUUUCUUGACAAACAAAUUUGGGCAAGAUCAGAAAUGAUAAUAAACACACAAAGAAAAAUAGAAUAAAACAUAAAUACGGAGCAGACGUGAUUUGAUGACAGAGAAAGAGCAAUCACGUGACCUGUAGCUACUAUGUAGCUGUCGUUUGGCGUGAUUGUUAAAAUGUACAUACAAGUACGUGUAUCAUGAAGUGUAUGGUGGAACGUUUAUUUAGUGCGUGUUACACGACGUAAAAACCCCAGUGCUCAUUACUUAUCAGCGAUAAAUCAUCAGUAUUGUUUAUGUAUAUGUGAUGUAUACGAUGUCAGUUAUUAGGCGAGAAAGAUGACAACUGACCCAUCGACGCAUGUGAACGUCCUCAUCAAUGCAACUGUCAGUAACAACAGUUUGAGUGGCGACGAAGAUGAUAAUCAUCGUCUUAUCAGGUCGUCACCACGACCUCCUUUGGUCUAUGGGACAUCCCCCAGGAAUAAUUUCCCUUCGUACUCUCAUAAUGACGUUAGUGUAAGGUUUCGGAAUUUGGAUCUAAGAAGCAGUUUUUCGCUACGUAAUAUCUUACAGAGUGUGUCAAAUAGACAAACCGUCAGAUUCAAUUCAGAUCAGGUGCAGCCAGGAGAGACAAACUUUUUAUUGAGUAAUUUUGAAAGUCUUGACUACGAUACUUGUGAGAACAAUUUGUUACAAGAUGAAGAGAGAAACAAGGGCUACAAAUUUGUUGUCAAAAAGAACAUUGCUAGGUGGUUCCUUUUUUUCGUGAUAGGUAUUUGUACAGCACUAAUUGCCUGCUUUAUUGAUAUUUCUAUUGAGGAAUUAUCAGUGCAUAAGUAUGGAUAUUUAAAGUACCUUGUUGAAAAUUGUAUUGCUGAUGGAGGUGCUUGUCUUUGGAUUCCUUACAUAGCAUGGGCAGCCUUCAAUAUGGUCCCAGUUUUAAUUGGUUCGCUUUUAGUAACUUAUGUGGAACCUGUAGCUGCUGGCAGUGGUAUUCCACAAGUAAAGUGUUAUUUAAAUGGAGUGAAAAUUCCCAGAGUUGUAAGGAUAAAGACUUUGGUUGUAAAAGUUUUUGGAGUAAUCACUUCAGUUGUUGGAGGCCUGGCUGGAGGAAAAGAAGGCCCUAUGAUUCAUGCUGGUGCAGUCGUUGCAGCUGGCAUUUCUCAAGGCAAAAGUACAACUUUCAAAAAGGAUUUAGGAAUUUUUAAAUAUUUUAGGGAAGAUCAUGAAAAGAGAGAUUUUGUAAGUGGUGGAGCAGCAGCUGGCGUAUCUGCUGCUUUUGGAGCACCCAUUGGUGGUGUGAUGUUUAGUAUCGAAGAAGGAGCAAGCUUUUUCAAUCAAAAUUUAACGUGGCGUACGUUUUUUGCCAGCAUGAUAUCGACAUUCACGCUAAAUGUAGUACUCAGUGCCUAUCAUGGUCAUCUAGGAGACUUAUCUUAUCCUGGCCUACUAAAUUUGGGAAAAUUUGAAACUAUAUUCUACAAAGUUUAUGAGAUUCCUUUGUUUAUAGUAAUGGGUGCUCUUGGAGGAUUAUUUGGUUCAUUGUACAAUUACAUGAAUUAUAAAAUUACCAUUUUCCGUAUCAAGUACAUAAAGCUCAAAUGGUUGAAAAUUGUAGAAGCAUUAACUGUUGCUUUGAUGGGUUGCACUAUGGGAUUUCUCAUGAUGUUUUUCAUUGAUGAUUGUAAAUCGCUUGGCAAUGUUAAUAAAACAGAAAGCCACGUAAGAAUGUUCUGUAGCGAGGGAGAGUAUAGUGCAGUUGCUGAAUUAUGGUUUCAAACUCCAGAAAGUACUCUUCGUUCUUUACUCCAUGACCCAUUAGGUUCUCACAGCGACACAACUUUAUCUGUCUUUAUUAUUUUGUAUUUCAUACUUGCAUUCAGUACUUUUGGUUUGUCAGUGUCUUGUGGUUUAUUCAUUCCAUCUCUUCUCAUUGGAUCUGCUUGGGGUAGAUUAAUUGGAUCAGGAUUAGCUAAAAUUUGCCCUACUUGUGAUUUUGUACCUGGGAAAUACGCUUUCCUCGGUGCUGCCGCACAAUUAGGUGGGGAAAUUAGGAUGACAAUUAGUUUAACGUGUAUCCUCAUUGAGGCAACUCAAGGAAUAUCUUUUGGCCUGCCAAUUAUUAUAGUUCUAAUUACGGCUAAAUGGGUUGGAGAUUUCUUUUUUGAGGGAAUUUACGACAUUCAUAUACAGUUAACAGGCGUUCCUCUUCUUCCUUGGGAGCCUCCGCCACUGUCUAAUAAUAUUUACACUAGUGAAAUUAUGAGUCAUCCAGUGAUAACACUGAAAACUACAGAGAAUGUAGGUCAUAUUAUAGAAAUGUUGAAAUGUGUGACAUUUAAUGGUUUUCCUGUAGUAGAUCCUCCCAAUGGAGAACGGGAUGAAAUAAACUGCUAUAGUAGACUUCGAGGCUUAAUAUUACGGUCGCAAUUGAUAGUUUUAUUGCAAAAUAGAAUAUUUAACGAAUAUUCUGAACAUUGGGAAAAGGAUCUCAGCAUAAGAAUAUUCAGAAAUGAAUAUCCUCGAUACCCGACUAUCGAGGAAGUUAAUAUAACUGAUGAGGAAAAAACUUAUACUAUUGAUCUUAGACCGUUCAUGAAUCCAUCGCCAUAUACACUAAAACAUUCUGCAACGUUACCGCGUGCCUUCCGACUUUUCAGAGCACUGGGUCUUCGUCACUUACCAGUUGUGAAUGACACAAACGAGGUGAUCGGUAUGAUAACACGUAAGGAUGUCGCAAGGUAUCGUAUCUGGAAGCACUACGGUCGUAUGGGCCUCGACGAGUUAUCAAUCACCAACAAAAUCUAAUGUCUCAUCUCUUUUCCGAUAUCUUUUUGUGCGCUUCAAAAAGACUUAAUCAACUUUCUAUUGAUAUUAUUUAAUAUCAAUAUUUAUUUAAUAAGGAAUAACAUGUUUUUUAAAGAAAAUAUACAUAUUGUAUUCAUAUUUUAUAUAUAAAAAAAUAGAUAGAAAUAUAAAUAACGUAUUCUCGUAUA